AUGAGCAAGGUCCGGGGUUGGAAGCUUGUAUUCAGCUCUAAAUUUCUACCAAUAUGGUACGGAUAUGCCCUCAGCCUGAUCAACGGCUUUGUACCUGUCUUUCUUCCUGGACUUGGGUCUGGCCAAGAACUACAUAUACCACAACAUAAGUCUCUGAAGCUGUCCAACGAUCUCGUGUCCCCCGCCCCCCUCAAAGCCUUUGAGCUUCAGGCGAACCUACCCAGACACGUUCACCCAACCAUGCUCUCCAAACCCCUUCUCUCAACCCUCUCGGCCCUCCUCCUCCCAAUCCUCACCCACGCUGACGAGCCCCAAAACUACGACGGCUCAACGUCCCUCUCGACCCCAGCCUACCUCUUCCCCGGCACUGGCUCCACAAUUCCGAUCCUCAACAUCGGCGCCGCGGCCGUAGCCUCGUGUGACAUCGGCAAGAAAUCCUGCGACAACGGCUGCAUCCCCAUCACCGGAACAUGCUGUGGCACUGGUUCGGGCGGGUACUGCGAGGUAGGCAAAUACUGCACCUCGGGUGGGGAUGUAGUUCGGGGAAGGUGCUUUGCAAUGGGCUUUGCAUUCCUUCUGGCACGGUAUGUUGUUCCAACGGAGGGUACUGUGAUGCCGGAGAGUCGUGUACUUCUGAUGGACACUGUACCGGCGGCAGCGGAGGCGGGGGAGGAAGUUCCUACGUACUACUGCCCGACUGGGGAGACGUGUGCGGGCGACAAGAAGUGUAAUAAGGGAGGCGGCGGUGGCGGAGGAGGCACUUCGUGUGGAGCUGGGGAGACGCUCUGUGGCACUGGGUGUAUGCCUACGGGACAGACUUGCUGUCAGACCUAUUACUGCCCCGCAGGGAACACUUGCGUGGGCGAUAAACGUUGUAAUAGCGGAGGAGGUGGUGGUGGUGGUGGAAGCCAGUGUGCGGCUGGUCAGACUCCUUGCGGAUCGGGAUGUAUGCCAGCCGGUCAAGUCUGUUGCGAUACAUACUUCUGCGACGCCGGCGAGAAGUGUCUGGGGAACAAGAAGUGCGACAAGGGCGGCGGAUCUGGCGGCGGAAGUCAGUGUUCGGCGGGCGAAACUCCUUGCGGUACGGGAUGUAUGCCGGCUGGUCAAGUCUGCUGCAAUACCUACUACUGCGAUGCCGGAGAGACGUGUGCUGGAAAUAAGAAGUGCAAUAAGGGUAGCAGCGGCGGCGGAGGAGGAGGAGGAGGAGGAGGAGGAGGAGGAGGAAGUCAGUGUGCGGCCGGCCAGACACCCUGCGGCACCGGAUGUAUGCCAGCCGGUCAAGUCUGCUGCGAAACAUACUUCUGCAAUGCAGGCCUCACUUGUGUCGGGGACAAGAAGUGUCGGAACCCCAACGGUGGAGGCGGCGGCGGCGGCGGCGGCGGCGGAGGUGGUGGUGAUGAUACAAGCGCGACAUCUAGUCUACUCGCGACGAUACCUGGGGGUGAAGCGGGGACUACGUCUCUGAGAGACUUCCCACAGCCCACGCAAACACUUGGUGGCGGCGAUGAUGGGCCGACAUCAUCGUCGUCGUCGAGAUCUUCGACGUCAACAACAAGGACAACAACGACUAGCGCAGCGCCGACGUCAACAUCGGCCCAAGGUGCCGCGUUUUUGGGAAAGAAUCUCGACGGCUCCGUCUUGGUCGCAGGCCUCCUCGUUGCAGCGCCCCUGGUUAUCUGA